AUGUCUUUUGCCUUGCUUUUCGGCUGGCUUUCGAUUCUGGGUUCUUGCCCCAGCGUGAGCUCCUGUCUGCAGUGUGAUCAGGUGGUGCGUUAUGUGCAUGAAGACUUCCUGUCCACGGUGAAAGGAAUCAGUGUCCGUGAUCAGAUCGAGCUGAAGCAAAUCAUCGAACACGCUUAUGUCAACUUUCGGGACACCGGCACACGGUUUCGUGGAGUCAUAGAUCCCACAACUCUCUAUCGUGCACGGACAGAAUACCAGAGCGAAUUCAAGAGGCACUGGAAAGAGGACAGGACAGGUUACAUUCAGUGGGAUAUGAUUAAUAUAGUGGAGAAAGGAAAGAGAAUCCUUCAGAAACAUUUGGAGAUUUUUGCUGCCCAAGGUCUCUGUCCAAAUAAAUGUGGGCUGUUGUAUCAGAGAGUGAUGAACUGCACUUCCUGUCAGUAUGGGCUCUUUAUGUGUCAGUCUGCCACGCCGCCACUAGACUGUGGAGAGCAUCAUCUCGAGGCAGAUGAAGGAGAGGAGGUGGUGCUGGACUGCUUCCUGUCCUGGCACGCUCUCGUAGCUGGAAAGAUCGAGUACCAUUACUCCUGGCAUCCUGCAGAGAAGAAUCUGUCACACGACGGAGAGUACGAAGAGCUGGUGGUGACAGAGGAGUCCAAGAUUGUCCUCAAUCAGCUAAAAGUUAACGAAGGAGGCACGUACCGCUGCCUCCUACGGGAUCAAACGGGUACUACGCUGUCCCGCACGCGUUUCAAACUGAAAGUCAACCCACUGCCAUCGACGCCCCCUGGGCUGACUGUGGCUUUGCCGUCCCUGCCCUCGGGUCACGAUGCCACACUUCACAACCUUCAGAGGAGCAGUCUCAUCAUUAUACUGAUUUUACUGACUGUACUCAGCAUCACAGGAAGCCUCGUCAUCAUAGCGAACCUCAGAGUGACCAUGAAGCGGCGGGAGGAGGAGAGAGACAGCAGGAGAGGAGGAGAGGGGGAGGAUGUGGAGAACAUUGAGCUGAUGAGUGUGACAGAAAGAGGGAUGUGAUCCAAAGAGAUGUUCGAAUAAAUGACUGCAGACAACCAAAAGACUGAUGAGCUUCAAAUGCCUCAGUGUGAACGUUUAAAAGAUCGUGUAUUUUUUAAAAUAACAUUAGGGUCAGUAAGACUUUAAGGUCCAUUAACAGACCUUGCCAUCUAAUUCUUAAGGUAGUUAUCAAGUUUUAGGUAUUGUAUAGGUUUAAGGAUGUGGAUUAUGUGUUUUAUAAGUACUAAUGCACAAUAAACAAAUGAUAGACAUAA